AUGUUAGAAGAGAUACUGAUUGAAACGAUGAGAAAACCGGACGGCGGAUGGGGAUGGAUGGUCGCGUUUUCCUCUUUAAUACUCGGCGUAUUAAUUAACGGAAUCUGUCUUACUUAUGGAAUUUUCUUUCCGGUAUUCCUCAAGCAUUUUGAUGAAAGUCCCGUUGUCAGCGUCUUGGUGAACAAGUAUGAUAGUAGGAAGGUGGUCGCUUUUGGAACCGUGAUAACCAGUGGCGGAUUUUUCCUUUCCUCGUUUUCACAAUCUCUGAAUGUGUUGUUGAUCUUCUACAGCAUUGCGGGAGGUAUUGGCAUUGGUAUAAUCUACCUACCUUCGAUUGUGAUUAUUGGCGUUUAUUUCGACAAACGACGAGCCUUAGCUACGGGAAUAGCUGUUAGUGGAGGCGGGGUCGGCGCCUUUGUCUUUGCACCAAUCACGGAGCAUCUUUUGGAAACAUACGGCUGGCGAGGAACAAUGUGGAUCAUGUCUGCCAUAAUUCUGAACGGUGUUGUCAUCUCCGCUACCUUUAGACCAAUAUGA